AUGUCAUCGGGACCAUUUAUAAGCGGGUUACCUUCAGAGUUUGAUUUCUAUGAUAAAUUCGAAAGGAGCGAGGAAGAAUGUACAAGUACAAAUGGUAAUUGCGACACAGAAAGGAAGAAUUAUUCAUUGAAAGGCAAUGAAUAUAAUAAUUGCAGAGAACAGUUUGAGAAAGCACUAGGCCAUAUAUACAAAGAAUACAGAAACAAUGUACAGAAGAAAUCACUCGAAUGUACGGCGCGCCAUUUCCUAUAUUAUUGGUUUGGGGAUAAAUUAACUAAAACUAAAGAGGGACGUGAGAAAUUUCAAGGUGCACUAAGUGUUAUUUGCAGAGCUAUAAGAGAUUCUUGCACAUCGGGACAACAAUGUAAACUCCCCUGUGAUAGUGAUAGUAAUAGAGUACACGUUGACAAAGACAUUUUCAAUAAUAGAAAAACUUUAUUCGACUUUUGGUAUGACGGUAACAUAGUACAAACUUUGUUACAAAUUAGUGGGUCCGAAGGUUUUCAGAUAUGUAAAAGCUACGUGGAGAGUGUCGAAGCAACAAAGGGUAAAAUGGAACAGUCCUGUACAAACGAAAGGAGCGGUGAUGAUUAUUGUACAAAUUUUUGGCACCAGCAUAAGAUUGACAUUGGGCAGAAAUUAUCAGCAUUGAAAAGUCAAUUAACAACUGCAAAGAAAAGAAUAGAACGCGAAGCACAAGCAGCAUCCUCCAAAACAGAAGAAAUGAUACGUGGUGCCACCACCACCUCUUCCAUCUCCUCCAUAAUUGGUACAUUAGCAGCGACAGCCCUUCCUUUCUUUUUAUAUAAAUAUAAGCCAUGGUCUUCUUGGUUUGGUAACCACGCUUCUGGAGGAAGAAGGAGCAACAUAAGAGGAAGAAGAUCAGCUGGGAGUGACAUUGACGACUUAACAGAAACUUCAACAACAGUGGACUUCACGGAAAGUUCGGAAACAAGUUCCAUACUUGAUUCCACUACAAUACGUUCUCCUGCUGCGUACAACACAAGAAAGCCUAACAGGGGAGAAAGAACAGCAAGAGCAGGAAUAAAUAGCAAUAGGCCAGGUCAUCACCAGAAUAUAGGUUAUCAGAACAUCUAA